AUGGGAGAAAAGGGAGAGAAUUUCUACAGGACAAAAGAAAAGCUAUCACACUGGAAAAUGCUGCGGGGUGGGAAGCCCACAAGGGAUGCGGCUGGGAAUAUAAUUAAGCCAGCUCUUUUCCAGAACCCAGUAGCAGAGCCCGGGAGGACAAAGCACUCCAGGACAUGGUUUGCCUCUACGCGCACAACAGACCAGAGGGAGUUAGAGGCAUUUAGAAAAGAUUUAGAAGAGACAGCAACAGAUGCGUACAAAGUGAUACUUGAUCAGGGGAAAGUUCCAAUGAGUCUUAUACAGGAGGAGAAGGAAAAGGCAAUCCGUCCAAUUAUUUCGUAUGAGAACACAUUUGGGAAGAAAGCCACUCGAAAGAAAGUAAAGCUGUCUGUGCAGUCAAUAGACGAACUUGCGAAGAAAGCAAAAACAUCCACGGAUACUUCUGUGGCAGAGAAAGAGAAGGAAAUGUCCGACACAAAGGAUAAAAUAUACCAAAAGGGGCAGAGUAGAAGGAUAUGGGCAGAACUUUAUAAAGUUCUUGAUUCAAGUGAUGUAGUAAUACACAUACUAGAUGCAAGGGAUCCACUAGGAACAGAAUGUACAAACAUAAAAAGGUACAUAAAUGAGCACAAGCAUAAGCACCUUAUAUAUCUACUGAAUAAAGUAGAUUUACUCCCAACGGGUGUAACGGCAAAAUGGCUUGCAUAUUUAUCCAAGAACACUCCAACACUCGCAUACCACGCAUCUUCAAUUGACAGAAAUUAUGGGAAGCAGAGUUUGCUGAACCUUCUAAGACAGUUUGCAAAGCUACACCCAGAGAAGAAGCAGAUCAGUGUGGGCUUUGUUGGGUACCCGAAUGUAGGGAAGAGCAGUAUUAUAAAUACGCUCAAGUCUAAGCUUGUAUGCACUGUAGCACCCAUCCCAGGGCAAACCAAAGUAUGGCAGUAUAUUUCACUCAUGAAGAGAAUAUACUUAAUCGACUGCCCAGGGAUUGUACCAGCUGCAGAUAAAGAUGAAACUGCAGUUGUUUUAAAGGGGGUAGUACGUGUAGAGAACAUAACUUCACCAGAGGACCAUGUAGAGGCCCUCCUUAAAAAAGCAGACAGCAAGCACAUUCAUAACCUGUACGGGAUAGAGCCUGGAGAUGACCAUUUAGAAUUCCUAGAACUACUUGCCAAGAAAUCAGGCAGGUUAUUAAAGGGGGGAGUAGCAGAUAUAACUGCCGUAUCAAAGAUAGUUCUACACGACUGGCUCAGAGGCAGAAUACCGUACUACAACUUACCACCAGAAACAGUAGAGGAGAGCAGCAAGUAGUUUCAUUAUAACCCGACAUAACCCGAAUUCAUAAAUAAAUUAUUGAACCAUCCGUGCCCAUUAAAAUUAACUACCCAG